AUGAACAAAUGCGGGAGACUAUUAGCGAAUCUCCUGAAGCAACACCGUAACCAACUAUAUAUCCCGAAAAUCAAAGACACAUACCAACAACUCAGACACCUACUGGAUCAGAUCUCGAUAGCGUUCCACGACUACUACCAGGAUUUGUUUUGCCUCCGCCAAACCAAUCCAGAAACACAGAGAUCUCAAAAAGUGGAGGACAUCCGCAGAUACCUGGACAUGGCAAAUAUACCGGGAAUAGAGGAGGUGGACCAAGAAGCACUAGAGAUCCCCAUAACACCCGAGGAACUGGCGCACACCAUCAAAAAAGCAAAAACGGGCAGAUCACCGGGACCAGAUGGCAAGCCCCUGCAAUGUUACAAAACCUUUGCGAAAGACCUAUUACCGAAACUAUUGAAAGCCCUGAACUCGAUCCAAGAUGGAGCCACACCAACGGCCCAAUUCACCUCA